AUGUGGUGGAACAUCAUCGUUCAAUAUAUGUUAUGGACCCUCCUGCCCGCUUGUGGUCAUCUUCCUGACUACGCAUCGACUCCUUCUAACAAAAUCGAUCAAUUCUGCAGCCUAGCGGAAACCUGCAUACAUGACACCAUUCCGAUUUGUGGAAAAAUGGGAGACGAGAUACGGACGUUUUUGGACCUUUGCGACUUAAUGGAGUUUGCCUGUGAUACUAACCAAAUUUUCACGCACGUUGAAGAUAUGGCGGGAUGUCCGAUGCACAGAAAUAAAUAA